AUGUCCAAUGGCUCGUCCAAAGCGCCGUCCAAGACCACCUUCCAUCUUCUCGCCGGUCUCAGCUCCGGUGUCCUGUCGGCCGUGCUGCUUCAGCCCAUUGACCUGCUCAAGACCCGUGUCCAGCAGUCUGGUCAUAACAGCUUGCGCCGUGUGCUCGCGGACCUGAGGACGGCGGCCCGUGAAGCAACAUCAGCGGCAUCAGUACGCGGCAGCACAUCCCCAGGCGCCGCCGCUGCCGCUGCACCGCGACCUCGCAGUUUCGUCGCUAGCCUGUACCGCGGCACCGUCCCAUCAGCGCUCCGCACGGGCUUCGGCUCCGCCCUCUAUUUUGCCGGCCUCAAUGCCAUCCGCUCCAGCGCCGCCAAGGUGCCGAUCCUCGCUGCCUCUUCCACCAGUGGCGCCGCGAGCGGCAGCGGCAGAGGGAGCAGUGGCCUCGUCAAGCUGUCCAACACGGGCAACAUGCUGGCGGGUGCCGUCGCGCGCGCCUCGGCCGGGUUUGUGCUGAUGCCGCUGACCAUUAUCAAGGUGCGCUACGAGAGCAGCCUGUACAACUACCGGUCGCUGGCCGAGGCCGCCACGGACAUUGUGCGCAAGGAAGGGCUGCGCGGCUUCUUUUCGGGGUUUGGCGCCACGGCCAUCCGCGACGCGCCGUAUGCCGGCCUCUACGUGCUCAUGUACGAGCAGAUCAAGCGGCGGCUCAACACCCUGGCGGAGCGCCGACAGAGCACCGCUGGCGGCCACCACCGCGCCGAAACUAGCAUGGGUGUGUCGCGCGCCGCGGCCAUCAAUUUCUCGUCGGGGGUCCUGGCGGCGGCGACGUGCUCCGCGGUGUCGAACCCGUUUGACGCGGUCAAGACGCGCAUCCAGCUGCAGCCCGCGCGGUACCGCAACAUGCUGCACGCCGCACGCCGCAUGCUGGCCGAGGAGGGCGUGCGGUCCAUGUGGAACGGACUGGCGCUGCGCAUGAGCCGCAAGGCCAUGAGCUCCGCACUGGCGUGGACGGUGUACGAGGAGCUGAUCCGGCGGGCCGAGACGCGGUGGGCGGCGGCAGCGGCGGCCAACGGUGCCAGCGAGACGGAGGCGUUGUAG